CACGUGACUGACAGUCAAUGCAAACCAAAACAAAACAAACAUUGAAUGCAAACAACUCUUCAGACAAACACUCAUUAUCUCAUUGAUAACCACUUGUUGUUUAAGACUUCAUUGUCUUAUUGGCACUCUUUGUUACCAUCACAUGAAUGAACACCAAAGUCAUGGCUCAACGAAUGGACUUCGAUUUGGACAGCGAUCUCAAAACAGUCUUCACGUCAGCCAUGCUACAACUGGAGGAAGAGUGCCAUUCAAUGAGCUCAUUGUCUGAUGAAUGCUAUCGUUUCGUGCAAAACGAUUUGGGCGUCAAUUGCUUCCCAGUCUUCGAUGACCUCCGAAGAAGUCAUAAAUUGUGUGACAUUUCCAUCAAAGUGGACAACCAGUCAUUUUUGGCGCAUCGGGUGGUCCUCUCGGCUACCGUUCCCUAUUUCCACGCGAUGUUCACGACUGACAUGAAAGAGAGCACACAAACAGAGGUUCGCAUCCAAGACAGCAUCGAGGCCUCAGCCAUGGAAUCGCUUCUGGAGUUUGCAUACACAGGCCGUAUAGCCAUCACCACAGCCAACGUCCAGUCGCUCCUAAUCGGCGCCUCAUUCCUCCAACUCUUCGGGGUUCGCGACGCCUGUUGUGAGUACUUGAAGAUCAGACUCAACACCAAUAACGUGUUAGGCGUCAAGUCGUUCGCCGACUCCCUGUGCUGUCACACACUCGUCGACGCCUCCAAGAAGUUCAUCCAAAAGCACUUCAAAGAGGUGUCCAAAUCGGAUGAGUUCUUGUCGUUAGAGUUCAGCGAAAUCAUCGAAAUUAUCACUAAAGACGAGCUGAACGUCACCGGAGAGGAGGAUGUGUUUCACGCAAGCACCGGAUGGAACUCAGACGUCGAGAAAUACGAGCGAAACACUCACUCGAGACGAUCAUCGGGUGCCAGCAUUCAUGUGAAUACCGUUCCCUCGAAUGGCAGUCGUGUUAAUAACAACAGCAGAAGACAAAGCAAUUCAAGCGCUGGAAGUAUUAGUUCUGAAAGUAGGCGCAGAUCUCAGGCACCACUCGACACGAGUAACUCGAUGGCCGCGAAGUCGAGCGCCAACUCGACUCGCAAUUCAACGCCAAUUGUGAGCCAACCCCAACCCGCCCGAAGACCCGUCACCACCACUCACAUCACACGAACCGAUGAACAAAUGGAGUCCUCGACUUCUGGUCCACUUCCUAGUCAUGCCAUCGAUGUCGGCAAUGGGGGUCCCAGUGGUGCUCCAGUGUCGACGAAGGACUGGUUGUUGCACCUGAAGCCCAAGAAGUUCCCAUAUUUUCCACAAAUUGGCGACGAAGUGGUGUACCUCCCGAUCGGGCACCGGCUGUAUAUCGAGACGGUCAGGAAACUGAAUCUCUACCGGCAGACCAACACCAAUAAGUACGUGAAGUCUGCGAGCGUUUACUUCGCGAGGGUUCGGGAGAUUAAGUUUGAGAAACACGCGAACAUCCGUUUGGCUCGACUGUCGCUCGCUUUGGUCGAGAACGGCAACGAAAGUAAGAACUACUUCACCGUUAAGUUCCACGACAUCGACGGUGUGAUCGACUUCAUAAUCCUGAAGCAGUUAUACGAGACCAGUAUUAUGACCCAAUGGGCCACUGGGCAGACAUUCCGGGCCAUUGUGGACGACAAGUGGUGGUUCGGAAGCAUUGUGGGCCGGGAUAUCACCGACGACAAUGUGGCCAACUUUUUCCAGUCGUUCCGCAUUGAGUGGGCCAACAAUGCCCUUGAUAACUUGAGUAACUGGGACCUCGAGAAAGUCAAGGGAUCUGUACCUCAGGCAUUGACACAAAUCAUGGCAUUAACUGAAUGGAAGGCAGUGGCGAAAGUGUUCAAUCAUUUGGACGGUGAAUACGUUGGGGAAGUGGCGUAUCCUAUAGACCUGGAUGUCAUCAAAACUCGCGUCGACAAUAAGUUCUACCGAAGACAAGCGGCCAUCAAAUACGACCUGAAGUUUAUUGAGUCGAACGCCUCUCUCCUGAACGCAGACGAAGACAGUCUUCUGGUGAGGAGCGCAAGGAUUGUGACCUCUAUUUGCCUUAAAUUCAUUGACGACAAGAAGGCCACAGAUAUUAAAGGCAUUUACGACAAAGUGAUGGCCGACCACUCGCACCUAAACAAAAUCAAGUACCACUCGUGUACCCGUCCGUACCUCAACCCCAACCCCAACACUUUGAAUCCAAUCAUUGAGAACGCGUUCAAUGAGAUGAUGGGUUUGGCCUCCACUUCAGCGCCAACUGAACCGAGCGUCGAAUCCGAUAGAGAAUAUCCUGUCAUUGAUAUGACUCUGACUUCAGAUGAAGACUCCGUUAUGAAUGGAAGCGAUGACGACGAAGAAGUGUUGAUCCCUUUUGUGAAAAAAGAGCGCAUUGAAGACAUGGAUGUGUCGACAACACCGGCGCAAAGGAUUUCCAGCAGAAAUACAUCUCAGAACAACAGCGUCGAUGACACGAAUCAAGUCUCUAACGAUUCACUACAACAACCGGCCAAACAAAAUACUCGCAAAUAUUUCUGCGUUUUAUGCGACGAGACGUUUGGAGAGAGAAAUGAAGCGAUCGAUCAUUACUGCCAUAAACUGAAUAUUAAGCUCAAGUGUAGUCAUUGUCCACAAAACCUAGCGUUUGAAUCACUGCAGCAAUACUUGGGUCACAACGAGGAGCACGUCUUUCUCAUGAGGGCAUCGUUCGAUCAAAAGAGAUAUUUGACUCACAAGUCAUGGAUCGACAAAAUGGUUAAAUACAUCGACGGUCUCGUGAAUGAGCUCAAGAUCCAGAAGGAGAUCCACCGGCUGUACGGCGACUGGUGUCCCGUCUGUAAGCGCCUCAACGUCUUGACCCACGACUCGAAGCCGUUCUUUAACGACAGGGUAUUUAAAAACAAUCGCAAACUGGAGAACAUUCGGCCGAUGGAGGCGGAGAUGAACUUCAAGAAGCAUAUCCAACAACACAUGGGAUACGAACCCAUCUAUUUGUGCACUCUUUGCACCAAACCUAACAGCGCUCUCGGCUUCCGCUCGGCAUCACUCGAAUCGUGUCGACAGCAUCUCAUCCAAGAUCACAAAAAAGAUCCCAAUAUAGACAACCCUAACGUCAUGUCAUACCUCUCGAACACAAAGAUUCCAGAUCUUGAGAAAGCGAUUCCCACUUUGGUCAACAAAUUUAUCAUUAAUUGUCUCAACUAUUAAACUUAUUCGCAUCACAAGUAUUUCAAUUCAGUUGACAUUAACACAAAUAACCAUUGAUAGCCAACUGCUCAACCAUUGCAUUACAUACACAUUGAAUAACUUAUUGCCAAUAAUUAC